UUUCUUCUUUAUCUCUGACGCUGGAUAGUCAGCCGUAUGUUUUACCCCAAAAAAUUAUGUAACCUAAGAGCUCAACUGUGGCCAACAGGGCCGUGUUAAAAUCUAACUUGCAACUUCUAGUUUAGCCCAUUCCUUUUCAGCCUUUUCUGCUUUUGUUCUUUUACUUCUUAGGCUCAAGAAAGGCGAAUUUACAGUGAAAUGUUCACGGCGCAGUGAGCCAGGAGCAGCAGGGAUGCGCUUAACGUUAGUUUGCCUUGUCAAGCCUGUUCUCCAUGGAUACUUCAGAAGCUCCUGCUCCUGGAGGGUCCGAAUUGCUUUUUCUCUUAAGGGCAUUGAAUAUGACCAGGCUGCAGUCAAUCUCAUCAAAGAUGGAGGUCAGCAGCUUACGGAGCAGUACAAGACAUUAAACCCCAUGCAGCAGGUUCCUGCAGUGGAAAUCGACGGGAUCACUCUGUCUCAAUCACUUGCAGUGAUCCAGUACAUUGAUGAGACCAGACCAGGACCUCGUCUUCUUCCCGCAGACCCGAAGGCACGUGCCCAGGUUCGGAUGAUAAGUGACCUCAUUGCCUCGGGGAUACAGCCUCUCCAGAACUUGUACGUACUCCAGAAGAUCGGAGCAGAGAAGGUACCGUGGGCGCAGCACUUCAUUACCCGUGGUUUUCAAGCUUUAGAGCCAAUUCUGAAGCAAACUUCAGGAAAAUACUGUGUAGGUGAUGAGAUUUCCAUGGCAGACAUUUGUUUGGUCCCACAAGUCUACAAUGCAGAGAGGUUUAAAGUGGACGUGAGCCAGUUUCCAACCAUCAAAAGGUUAAAUGAGACCCUGCUUGAGAUCGACGCUUUCCAACUGAGCCAUCCAUGUCGCCAACCAGACACACCUGCUGAUCUUCGAGCGUGAAACGACAGUGUGGCACAAGUUAAACGUGCUUUAAAGAAGUGUUUUAUUGAAUCAACAGUGAAUAAACAAUGAAACAUUGAUAAAAAAAAAAAAAAAAA